UCCAAGCUCUGCGAAGAAAAGUGUAGUUCACGAAUUUUCGGUGGAAGAAUGAUGUGUUUCGUUUAAGUUGAAAAUUCGUUUUGUAAAAAAUGGCUCUCUUUGUGUUGUUUGAACAUGCUUCGGGAUAUACCUUAUUCCGUGUUAAGGAGUUUGAAGAAGUGGGUAUGUUCUUACCCGAAGUAGAGAAGAGCAUACAAAACUUCAGUCAUUUCUGCUCCAUUGUCCAGUUGAUUGCUUUCACGCCAUUUAAAAAUGCAUCUAAUGCUCUUGACAACAUGAACAGCAUUUCUGAAGGCAUUCUUCAUCAAGACUUGCAACUUUUUCUCGAAACUUAUCUGCCCAGACCGGGAAAGAAGAAACACGUAAUUCUCGGAGUCGGAGAUGCAAAAGUGGGCGUCGCCAUUCAAGAAACCCUGUCUUACCCGUGCCAACACACUGGUGUCGUUCCGGAAAUUAUACGUGGUGUUCGUGUUCAUUUUCAUAACUUGAUCAAAGGAUUGUCCGACAAGACCGCAUCAAAGGCCCAAUUGGGUUUGGGUCACAGUUAUUCUAGAGCUAAAGUCAAGUUUAAUGUAAAUAGAAAUGAUAACAUGAUCAUUCAAAGCAUUUGUCUCCUGGAUCAAUUAGAUAAAGAUAUAAAUACAUUUGCCAUGAGAGUCAGGGAAUGGUACUCGUACCAUUUUCCAGAAUUGGUAAAAUUAGUGCCAGACAAUUAUAUGUAUGCCAGAGUAGCAAAGUUUAUAAAACAGAGAAAAACCUUAAAUGAAAGAAAUGUCGAAGAAUUAGAAGAAAUUGUCAUGGACGGUUCGGUGGCCAAAGCGAUCUUUAAUGCCGCAGAAAUGUCAAUAGGAAUGGAAAUUUCACCAAUAGAUUUAAUCAACAUUGAAACUUUUGCAUCUAGAGUGAUAGCUCUGGCUGAUUAUCGAAAAGAGUUAUUGGAAUAUUUGAGAUCGAAGAUGCAUAACGUAGCACCUAAUUUAGCGGCUCUUAUCGGCGAGACGGUUGGUGCCCGUUUAAUCUCGCAUGCUGGAAGUUUGACGAAUCUUGCUAAAUAUCCUGCUUCCACGGUUCAAAUUUUAGGAGCGGAAAAAGCUCUUUUCAGGGCGUUAAAAACACGAGGCAACACUCCAAAGUAUGGUCUUAUCUUUCAUUCGACAUUUAUCGGAAGAGCCGGUGCUAAAAAUAAGGGACGAAUUUCGCGUUUUUUGGCAAACAAAUGCUCUAUUGCUUCAAGAAUCGAUUGCUUUUCUGAAAUGCCAAAUGAUAUUUUCGGGAACAAAUUAAAAGAGCAAGUAGAAGAAAGGUUAAAGUUUUACGAAACUGGAGAAGUGCCAAGAAAGAAUGUGGAAGUGAUGAAAGAUGCUAUAGAAGAGUCUAAGCAAGUUAUCAAGUUAGCGAAAAAGUUGAAAAAAGCAAAGAAAAAGAAGAAGCAAGAAGAAGAAUCAUCUAUGGUUUCUUCUGCUAUGGAAGAAAGCAACUUUAAAGAAAACGAAAUUCAAGAAUCGGUUAUUGACGAGGAAAAACCGCAAAAAAAGAAGAAGAAAAAGAAGAGGAAGUUAGAAGAUGAACCUAUAGCGUCCUCUAAUCUGGAGGAAAGCGUACCAAACGGCGAAAUAGAGGCCGAGACGCAAGUUAUCGCAGACGACGUGGAGUUGCCCGCAAAGAAAAAGAAGAAGAAGAAAAAAAGUAAACAAGAAGAAUCAAUCGAAGGUUAACCGUUUCAUCUGUAUGGAUUUCCACUCAAGUACAUUUUAUUUUAAUAAAUUUUAUGUACCAUUUAA